AAAGGGAAACUCAUCAGUCUCUUCCUUUUACCCACAAAGGUUCCAAACACUUUCCUCCAAUUACGAAAGCCUUUUAGCUGUAAAUUCUCGUUUCUGUCUACAUAUUUCACGAAUUUUCGGUCUCUCCAUCGCCUCCACUUCAAUCCUGCGCUUGCCCACCUCUAUUAUUACUGUUAAUGUGCCGACAAAUAAGAAAAAGAAAGUCUUUUGUUGUGGGUGCUCUGAUCCUUUGGUUUUACCCCUACUCUUUAUUGAUAAUGAAUUUCUUUGCUUGUGCUGGGUUCAUUUCCUUUUGAUCCGGAUUGACUCCCUCCACGAAAUCGCUUUCUGGGUAUUCAAGAUUUUGCUAUCUUACUGCAUAAAUUACCUCUAAAACUUUUCAAUGAAAAGUAACUUGUUGCUGGAGAUAUGGGCUCCCUUCCGUUACGUUUGUCUCGGCAAAAACAGAGGUUGCGAAACCCCGCUCAUUUUGGAAAUGCUGGCACCUUAAACUGGAAUUAAUUUUUCGAAUAUUGAGGAGUUACGCUAGAACUGUGGAUGUUCAAGAAAACCAAUUUAAUGAACAUCCAGCUUUGAAUGUGUGUUAGCAUGGGCUAUAUAUACUUAUGGAAUAUAUGGGCUGAGGUGCACAUUUCAUGGGAGGUGAAGAGGAUGAAGAACCAGCAACAAAACGCAUGAAAGUUUCUUCUGAAGAAUUGAAAGGUCUUUCCAACGGUUCAUCUUUUAUAGGGCCUGUAUCUGGCUCCUCAAGCGACUUGAUGGCUCGGCCCCUAGCAUCUGAAGGGGAUAAAGAGGUUGUUGGUUCAAAAGGAGUUAUUAAAAGAGAGGAAUUUGUUCGUAUAAUAGCCAAUGCAUUGUACACUCUUGGUUAUAAGAACAGUGGUGCUCAUCUAGAGGAAGAGUCUGGGAUACCCUUACACUCCUCUGUGGUAAAUCUGUUUAUGCAGCAAAUACUUGAUGGCAAUUGGGAUGAAAGUGUUUCUACAUUGUGCAACAUUGGACUGUUGGAUGAAAGCGUUGUUAAAUCAGCUUCUUUUCUGAUUCUGGAGCAGAAGUUUUUUGAACUUUUGGAUGCAGAAAAGGUCAUGGAUGCGCUAAAUACAUUGAGGACUGAGAUUGCACCUUUAUGCAUCAAUAAGAGUAGAGUUCGUGAACUUUCUUCCUGCAUAGUUGCUCCUUCAAAGUGUAUUCAAGUUGGGUUUCCAGGUAAAGACACUGUGAGGUCAAAGUCUCGUUCAAAGCUGCUGGUGGAGUUGCAGAAACUGCUUCCCCCAACAGUUAUGAUACCUGAAAGCAGGUUGGAACAUUUAGUCGAACAGGCGCUUCUUUUGCAAAGAGAUGCUUGCGUUUUUCACAACUCUUUGGAUAAGGAAAUGUCAUUGUACACUGAUCAUCUAUGUGGAAGAGAUCAGAUUCCCUCCCGUACUUCACAGAUAUUGCAAGGACACAGUGAUGAAGUCUGGUUCUUGCAAUUUUCACAUAAUGGGAACUAUUUGGCUUCAUCAUCAAAUGAUCGUUCGGCAAUCAUAUGGGAGGUUGAUGUGAAUGGUGGUGUGUCUUUAAAGCAUAGACUCUGUGGCCACCAGAAACCUGUCUGCUCUGCUUCAUGGAGUCCUGAUGAUCAUGAACUACUUACCUGUGGACUGGAGGAGGUUGUCAGGCGCUGGGAUGUUUCUUCUGGCGAGUGCCUCCAUGUUUAUGAGAAAGCUGGCAUUGGCCUUGUAUCCUGUGGAUGGUUUCCAGAUGGCAAAUGUGUAUUCUCUGGCUUCAAUGAUAAGAGUAUUUGUAUGUGGCAACUAGAUGGGAGAGAGCUGGAGUGUUGGAAAGGGCAACGAACUCUUAGGAUAUCUGAUUUGGAAAUAACGAAUGAUGGAAAGCAGAUUAUAAGUAUUUGUAGAGAAACUGCAAUACUCUUACUUGACCGGGAAGCAAACACUGAAAGAUUAAUUGAAGAGGAUCAAACAAUAACCUCGUUUUCAUUAUCGAGGGAUAAUAGGUUUUUGCUCGUUAAUCUUCUGGACCAAGAAAUCCAUCUUUGGGACAUUGAUGGUGACCUCAAGCUUGUUGCCAAGUACAAAGGUCAUAAACGCACCCGGUUUUUGAUUAGAUCUUGCUUUGGUGGACUUUCCCAAGCUUUUAUUGCUAGUGGUAGUGAGGACUCACAGGUUUAUAUAUGGUACAGAGAGUCAGGGGAGCUUAUAGAGGCAUUGCCUGGCCAUUCUGGAGCUGUGAAUUGUGUGAGCUGGAAUCCAGUGAACCCCCACAUGUUGGCGUCAGCCAGUGAUGACCACACAAUUCGAAUAUGGGGCCUAAAUGAGCUAACAAUGAAGCGCAAGGAUACUCGUACUAAUGGGAUCCACCAUUGCAAUGGGGGAAACUGAAAAGAAGUUCAUUGGUUGUAUUUUGUUCUUUCUCUGAUCAUUGCUUUUGUGUAAAUACCAAGUACUUCAGCAUCGUUGCAAGCAGACAUUUAUCAGACAAGUAUGUGAAUUCUGCAAUAACUUUCUGAUAAUAAAUCCACCGUCUCAUUUUCGCCAAUU